AUGUUGAAUGAGCUGGGUUAUUCCAGGAACUCGAUGAAAAACAUCAAAACCGUUCGUGUAAGUUGUUUUUUUGUCCUUCAGUUACUUUUUUAGAUAUCUCUCCGAACAAGAAGGAUUGGACGAUUAGAAGCGGUUAGAAUCCGGAGUCGUGGAUGGGUAUGGUCGAGGGACACAUGUGGACGGGUGAGAAUUUUACUUUUUUUUGUGUUUAUUUUUUAGACAGACCGGUAUCAUGAAUAAUAUAUUUUUAUCAGUGAAAUUAGUGCUCUAGCUUUAGUUAAUCACUGCAUGAAGUAGUCCAGGAGUUGAUAUACGUUUUACAGAACAAAGCAUGUUAUUAAUACUCCGUUUUUAUCAGAACUAUGCACUUUUGCCAUGGAAAAUAUCAAAAUUUGGGCUAAAACUUGAUUUUUGGGUAAUAAGCUUGAACUUUUGGGCAAUAAUUUGUUUGUAAAUGUUCAUUUUGUUUCAGAUUCCUGUUACGUCGGGAAAAGACUACGUUUUGCAGGCCUUGGAGACUACAACAAUGCCAUCAACAUGGGAAAUUAUCGCUUCAUGA